GGCCUGAUUUGCUGGGCGGUGGGACGGCCCCGGGCUCACUGGCCUCUGCGCGGGGCUCCCGGGCCCAGUGUCCUCACGGCCCCCGACAGUCAGGACACCCCUUCGCCUCCCGUGCGCCUCAGGGGUCAGUGCCCUGCCCGCGCUCACCAUGAAGAGGGCUCUGGCCCUGAUCGGCCUGGCCUUCCUGUCGCUGGCCCCGCCGGCGGACCCGCAGCAGACGGUGGACGACGCCUGCUCCGUGCAGAUCCUGGUCCCAGGCCUCAAAGGGGACGCUGGCGAGAAGGGGGACAAAGGCGCGCCCGGCCGGCCUGGCAGAGUGGGCCCCACGGGAGAGAAAGGAGACUCGGGUGACAAAGGACAGAAAGGCACUGUGGGUCGCCACGGAAAGAUUGGUCCCAUCGGUUCUAAAGGUGAAAAAGGGGAUUCUGGCGAUGCAGGGCCCCCCGGCCCCAACGGAGACCCAGGCCUCCCGUGUGAGUGCAGCCAGCUGCGGAAGGCCAUCGGGGAGAUGGACAACCAGGUCACCCAGCUGACGACCGAGCUGAAAUUCAUCAAGAACGCCGUCGCCGGUGUGCGCGAGACCGAGGGCAAGAUCUACCUGCUGGUCAAGGAGGAGAGGACGUACGUGGACGCGCAGCGGUCCUGCCAGGGCCGAGGCGGCACGCUGGCCAUGCCCAAGGACGAGGCCGCCAACGGCCUCAUGGCCGCCUACGUCACGCAGGCGGGCCUGUCCCGCGUCUUCAUCGGCGUCAACGACCUGGACCGCGAGGGCAGCUUCGUGUACGCCGACCGCUCCCCCACGCAGACCUUCCACAAGUGGCGCGGCGGCGAGCCCAACAACGCCUACGACGAGGAGGACUGCGUGGAGCUGGUGGCCGAGGGCGGCUGGAACGACGUGGCCUGCCACACCACCCUGCCCUUCCUGUGCGAGUUCGACAAGGAGCACGUGUGAGCGCGGCCGGCCCCUCGGGGCUCCCUGCGCGGAGGGCCCUCGUGGCGUGGCUGGUCUGGCCCAGGGCGCCCGCCGAGGAGGAAGGAGGGGCUCCCGGGUGGCUCCUGGGGAGCGGGGAAGGCUCCCCACUCGUGUCGCAGUCGGGAUGCUCGCUGUGCCGCGCCGCCGCUCGGGAUCGCCCCUGCCCCCGCCCCAGCUCGGAAGUAGCCCUCGGAUGCCGCCGUGGCCACGCCCGGCAGUGGCGGCCCUUCCCCGUGAUUUCUGCGUGGAGAAGAGCCCGCUUCACCGCGACCGAUGUUUCUGUGAAUCAGAGCAAAGCGCACGAUCCCUCUCCCCGGCAGCCGGUAGGGGCGGCUCCGCUUCGCUGCAAACCCGAGUGCGGGAGAAAGAGAAAUAAAUGCUCCAGCCCUAA